GGUUCCUCCCCUUAUUUGGGCCGUCAAAAACCCCAUAACUUCCCCUACGAGUAGCCAUUUCUUCGAGCUUCUGAAGGUGCAUUUUUUCACUUCCAAUGGCGGCGAGAAAUUCUCUACUGAAGUAUCUUAGGGUUCAUGUACAGGCCCUGCCGAAGACCAACAGUCCCAUUCUCUACUCCCACCCCUUCAAUGCGAUUCGACGCCGUCUCUUCUCCGAGGAGGUGAGGGGUUCUUUUCUCGACAAAUCGGAAGUCACCGAGCGGGUCGUUUCCGUUGUCAAGAAAUUUCAGAAGGUCGAUCCCUCCAAGGUUACUCCAACAGCUCAUUUUCAAAAUGAUCUAGGAUUGGACAGUUUAGAUACUGUGGAGGUUGUGAUGGCUCUUGAAGAAGAGUUUCGGUUUGAAAUUCCCGACAACGAAGCGGACAAAAUCAACACUAUCAAUCUUGCUGUUGAUUUUAUUGCCUCUCACCCUCAAGCAAAAUAGACGAAGGCAGCUUUCACUCAGGUUUCUCCUAUUUCUAUGAGAAUUUAGAUGCUGUAAGAUUUCCCUUAUUUGUCUCCUUGUAUUUUUGUUGCCGUUUCCGUUUGUCUUUCUAAAUCUUUAUUCAAACCCUGACUGAGAAUUGAUACUGGCUGAGCCAGCUUCUAGCCGCAUAAAUUGAGGCGAACUCUUAUUGGCUUUCAUCAUGAAUCGACCUUGCCUAUAUUUCAAUAAUGAUUUUAUAAGCUUUUAGAGAAAA